AACACAUCAUACUUCCGCCUGAUUUUUCAACCCUAGUAGUAGUACCAUCCUCUACUUGCACCGUAAUUAAGACUGCCAGUGACCCCAGGCACGUUUCGUCACGAUCACAUGACCCUAUGAUCCACACGCCCCUACCCGGAACCGCUACCAGCCAGUACUACUGAGAACACGUCACAUCACUCUCUAACCUCACCAGACGGGGCGGACAGUUCUCGCCAUGCUGAAACCUCCAGCGUUCUCUAUACAACCUCAGGACUACUAAAGCUCACGGCUCAAGCUGUAGAAAACAUGGCUACGGGCGGUCGCCGUUUUCUAGCUGUUGCAGCGCUGACUUUGUGGGUUCUACUGGCGACGUCUGUGUCCGAAACCGGAACGCAGUCCUCACCCGCCCUGCCCGCUAACUUCUCCGUGGCGUACAACGGUACUGUGGGGUCGGGAGAGGCCGUCACCUACACUUUCACCUACCAGGAGCCGCCGAACACGACGGAGGCUGUCCGGCUGCACGUGACCAGUCCAGAUGCGAUCGACUCGCACCCACUGCUGGUGGUGGUUCGGCAGGAGGACGGCAUUCUCUCAUUCCAGGUCCCUCUUAGGGUCGAGGACUACUAUCUGUUUAACGAGAUUGAGCGAACGCUGUGCCCGGCAGAGGAGGAGGCUGAGAGAAGUGCUGACGUCACCAAAACCGUGUACGUACAGCUGACGUCAUCAGCGGCAGCGAACGUGACGUACUCCCUCACGGUCACCAAGGUCGUGGAUUUCGACUUCGGGUACAAUGACACUAAGGACAUCUCCGUGUCGCCCGCCGAGCCGCAGUACUUCAGCUUCACCUUCCCGGGUCACGUGGACACCGUGGUCGUCAGGGCAACGGCGCAGGACGACAAGUGCUCCGUACUCUCCCUGCAGAGGGCAAAGUGCCCGGUGUAUGACCUGGACAGUAACAUCGAGUUUUCGGGGAUUUUCCAAACCUUCACCAGUUCAGCCGCUAUCACUGUGCAGAAGGAACAUUUUCCAGACGGAAAGUUUUACCUGGUAGUUGGGGUGAAGCCGAUCGAGUUUGAGUGUACCGGGAAGGCGUACACAAUACAGCCGAUUACAGGAGAAAUAGACAGGCAGCCGACUAUGAAGGAAGUCACCAUACACGUGGAGGAAACCCUCACAGAGGCUGACUUUGUGACCGCCGUCCUAGCUGCCCUGGCCAUUUUCGGGCUGUUUUAUCUGGUUUCAGGACUGGUCAUUCUGGGCACGUGGUUCAGGGAGAGCAGAAACGGGAAACUGGACCGGGAGAUGGACUCGAUCGAAGACAGUUUCCCACCAGAAAAUAAGUCUCUUACCGAGACCGGAAAGUCGUCGUACGGGGCAACAGGGGAGGAGGAGGCGCAUUCUGACGGGAGAGCAGAGGAGACCGCUCCUGCAGACGGCAGCCCGCCGCGGAAAGAGUCUGUGGACAUCAGCAGUUACGACACGCUCGACGACAUCGACACGGAGAAGGAGGUUUACAGGACAAAGCGAGUUCUGUACGUGGCGGACCUGGCGCGGAAGGAGGAUAAGCGACUCAGUAAGAAGUUCAGACUGUACAACAGGAACCUCAUCACAAUCGCGGUGUUCUACGCUCUUCCCGUGACGCAACUGGUCUUCACGUACCAAAUCAUGAUGAACCGGACAGGAGACCAGGAUCUGUGCUACUACAACUUCCUCUGCAUCCAUCCGUAUGGAGUUCUCUCAGCUUUUAACAACGUUUGGAGCAACAUUGGCUUUGUUAUGCUUGGGUUUCUGCUCAUGUUACUGGUCUACAGAAGAGACAGACUGCACAAGAAGCAAGUCGAGUCGGGAGGGAUACAUGCAAAGUUGGCCCUGGAGUACGGACUUCCCAAGCAUUUCGGCCUGUACUAUGCCAUAGCGCUGGCCCUUGUGAUGGAGGGCAUCAUGAGCGCCUGUUACCACGUCUGUCCCAACUACAGUAACUUCCAGUUCGACACGUCGUUCAUGUACAUUAUCGGCGGCCUGGGGAUGCUGAAGCUGUACCAGAAGCGGCAUCCUGACGUCAACCCGAACGCCUACGCAGCCUACAUGUUCUUCGCGGGGGUCAUUUUCAUGGCCGUCAUCGGCGUGGUUUACGGCACGAAGGCGUUCUGGGGAGUGUUCACGGUUGUGUACAUCCUCGCUACACUGUUCCUGAACAUGGAGCUGUACUAUAUGGGCAGGUGGUCCUUCGAUUUGAAGGUGUUCAAACGUGCCUACGUCAUGCUGAGAACAGACUAUCUACAGUGUACGGACUGCAGGCCCAUGUACACGAGCCGGUUUGUACUCCUGACCAUAGGGAAUCUGGUGAACUUGGCGCUAGCCCUGGCCGGUGCGGUUUACCAGUUCCAGGACUUCGCGUCCUUCCUGCUCGGCAUCGUCAUCUCCAACCUGCUCAUCUACUUCGGCUUCUACAUAGUCAUGAAGAUGAUCAGCGGCGAGCGGAUCAGCGCGGGUUCCUGCCUGCUGAUCGCCCUGAGCGCCACCGUCUGGGCAGCCGCGCUCUACUUCUUCUUAGAAGCCAACACGUCAUGGCAGAAAAUGCCAGCCCAGUCCCGCGCGCAGAACAGACCGUGCGUGCUGCUCGGGUUUUACGACACGCACGACAUCUGGCACUUCCUCUCCGCCGUCAGCCUCUUCUGUUCCUUUAUUGUGCUGCUUGUACUUGACGAUGACCUUGACUAUGUAAGACGGGACCAGAUUGUUGUGUUCUAAGUCUGCAGUGCCAUUCAAUGUCAUUGUCAUUGUCGUUCAAUGUAAACAGGAGGUCCUUGGACAAUAUUUGUACAAAUGCCAAAGUCUAUGAAGUUAUAGUAUCAACCUUUAAUAAUCGGAUAGGGUUGCUUACAAUUUGUAUUAGGUAUCAAUGUAUCAUGAAGGUAUAGGGUUUCUUAUAAUUAAAGAAACCUCAUAAUCAAGAACUCCUAAAUUUUGUCUUUCAUUUUUGUAAAUUGCAGCGAAAGAAUGCACGACCAUGAAUUCUUAAAAGCAUCAGAACAAAGGAAACAUAAAAUAAAGGCUCAAAAGGAGAACAGUAAGACCUACAAAAUUCCCAACGAUAACCAUAUGAUUUGUACGUUACUAUUUGUUGUCCGUUUUGUUGUGGUUUCUUGAUCACGUAAAUACAACGUGCAAUUUAAAAAAUAUAUAAGAUGCUUCUCAUUACAAAAGAUUAGAGUAUUCUGUUUAAAGUGUGUAUUUUAAAGUAUGUGCCUCGUAUGUGCUGCUAUAUCCUCUGUUUUCUUUGUAUUUUGUUUUCAUGUCCAAAGCACAAUCAUGAAAGUAAAAUUGUAGUUCUAAUAGGAGUAAAAUCACGAAUUCUGAGAGUCGCUACCUCGAGUUCUGCAUCACAGAUCUACCACGAUUACGCCUUUGGGAAAUAAUAAUGCAGCUAAGUACGGAUACCGCACAAAAAAGGAGGGUCAUUCUAUAAUUCUACAUCUAUAAUUCUUCAGAACUAUCACGAUUCAUAUUGUGUGCCGUUUUAAGAAUUCUAACACUUGUGUGUUUGUGUAUCUUACAGAAAUGGAUUAUAGUAAAAGAUGUUAAUGGAUUUACGCUGAGAUUAUUGAAAACAUCUGAUUCAUAGUAUGUAUAAUA